UAUACUUUGAGUGGUCCAGCACAGCACUCCCGAUGGAUCUUGACGAAAUUCUGCCGGAAGUCGGUGAAUAUGGUGCAUACCAGAAGUUGGUCAUCUGGUUAAUAUUGGUGCCAGCUGUGUUUCCGUGUGGUUUUCAUGCUUACAACCAAAUUUUUUUGGCUAACGUACCAGACCAUUGGUGUAAUGUGUCACAAAGUGGGGAAUUCCAAGGAGAUAUCACCAAAAACUUCAGUAUACCGGUAGAAGUGAAGGUCAAUGGACAGGUACGAUACAGUCAAUGUCUUUAUAUCGAUAAUCAGUCGGGAAGAACUCCUUGCCAAAAUGGAUGGAUCUAUGAUGACACCAUUACGAACUCAGUAGUAUCUGAGUGGGAUCUAGUUUGUGAUAAAGACUUCCUCGUGACCCUAGCACUAGUACUGUUUGGUACUAGUGGACUAAUAGGCAACAGCUUUUUUGGCUACAUUCAAGAUGGAAUGGGUAGAAAACCUGCAUAUUUCAUAUACCUCCUCAUCCAAUGCAUCUUCGGUAUAGCUACAGCGUUUGCAAAAAGCUAUACAAUAUGGACUAUAUUCCGAGUUGGGGUCGGUUUUACUAUACCAGCUAUACUAGGUACACCCUAUGUUCUAGCUAUAGAACUGGUGGGCCCAUCAGAAAGGACAGUGGUUACCAUCCUCAUCAACAUCGCAUAUUCCCUGUCGCUAGUAUCGUUAUCUAUCAUAGUCUGGGCUAUCAGAGAUUGGAGGUGGAUGGCUCUUACAACAACAUUACCAUUCCUGCUUCUUUUUCUAUCUUGGCCCCUAUUGCCUGAAAGCCCCAGAUGGCUCUUAUCCCAAGAGAGAUAUGAAGAGGCAGAAAAGAUACUUUUGCAGAUGGCUAGAAUCAAUGGGAAGAAUGUUCCUACAGAUUUCCUGAGCAAGUACAAGCUGAAGAAAGUCGACCAGCUCAAAAAUAGGAACUACGGAGUUCGAGACCUCUUCAGAUCCAAGAACCUCCGCUGGAAGACCAUCAUCAUCACGUUCCUCUGGUUCGCCAACACCAGCGUCUACGUCGGAUUGUCGUACUAUGCGCCCUCUCUAGGUGGAGACGAGUUCCUCAAUUUCUUCCUCGCUGGGGCAGUGGAAUUGCCCACUUAUUUGUUCCUGUGGCCUUCGAUGGACAGGCUGGGCAGGAGGUGGACACUCUGUAUCAGCAUGAUUAUAGGAGGGACGUCCUGUUUGGCCACGUUUUUGGUGCAGAAUG